AUGCUCUCUCAGCUCAAACGCCGAUUUACCCUCGGUCGCCGCAGCCAGAUCCACCAAGAAGACGCACACGAAGCAGACGCAAGACCCGCCAGGAUGAGCCUCUCCGCCAGCAACAGCACCGAGUCCCUCCCCACCUACCUCGACACGGCGCUGACGAUCUUCGUGAUCGGCGCCUCGGGCGACCUGGCCAAGAAGAAGACGUACCCGUCGCUCUUCGCGCUCUACACGUCCGGCUACCUGCCCGAGCACGUGGUCAUCGUGGGCUACGCGCGCAGCACCAAGAACGACGUGGACUUCCGCGCGCAGAUGGCGCCGUGGAUCAAGCCCAAGACCGCCGAGGCCGAGGCCAAGAAGGAGGCCUUCCUCGCCAAGUGCAUCUACCGCAGCGGUAGCUACGACUCGGCCGAGGACGUGGGCAAGGUGAGCAAGGAGAUGGAGGCCCUCGAGGAGGCCCAGGGCUCGCCCGUGGCCAACCGCCUCUUCUACUUCGCCAUCCCGCCCACGGUCUUCGUGCCGAUUGGCACGAGCAUCAAGAAGGCGGCGCUCACGUCGCGCGGCUGGAACCGCCUCAUCGUGGAGAAGCCCUUCGGCCACGACCUCGCCUCGUUCGACAAGCUGUCGCAGGACAUGGGCGCGCUCUACGGCGAGGACGAGAUCUACCGCAUCGACCACUACCUCGGCAAGGAGAUGGUGCAGAACCUGCUGGUGCUGCGCUUCGGCAACGCCAUCUUCGAGCCCAUCUGGAACCGCAACUACGUGUCGAGCGUCACGAUCACCUUCAAGGAGGACAUCGGCACGCAGGGCCGCGGCGGGUACUUCGACUCGUACGGCAUCAUCCGCGACGUGAUGCAGAACCACCUACUGCAGGUGCUGUCGCUCGUGGCCAUGGAGCCGCCUGUGAUGGCCGCCGGCAAGGACUACUCGAACUACAUCCGUGACGAGAAGGUCAAGGUGCUCAACUGCAUCGAGCCCAUCAAGCUGGAGAACACCGUGCUGGGCCAGUACGAGGGCGACAAGGAGCGCAACGAGCCCGGCUACCUGGAGGACCCGACCGUGCCCAAGGGCUCGGUCACGCCCACGUUCGCCACAGCCAUCAUGUACGUCAACAACCCGCGCUGGGCUGGCGUCCCGUUCAUCAUGAAGGCUGGCAAGGCUCUGAACGAGCGCAAGGGCGAGAUUCGCGUGCAGUUCCGCCCGCCCCCUGGUGCGGAGCACAUGUUCCCGGGCGUCAAGAUCCCCGUGCAGGAGCUGGUGCUGCGCCUGCAGCCGGAGGAGGCCGUGUACAUGAAGAUGAACAUGAAGUGCCCCGGUCUGCAGACCCAGGCCAUCUCCAGCGAGCUGGACCUGUCGUACUCGGAGCGCUACGAGGGCGCCGAGGUGCCGGACGCCUACACGCGCCUGAUCCUGGACGUGCUGCGCGGCAAGCAGGCUGCUUUCGUGCGCGACGACGAGCUGCGCGCCGCCUGGAAGAUCUUCACGCCACUGCUGGACGAGAUCGAGGGCCAGAAGGUCAAGCCGCUUACGUACAAGUUCGGCUCGCGCGGCCCCAAGGAGAGCGACGAGCUCGUGAACAAGCGCGCUGUAAUCGUCUCUCCCUGUAUGAUGAGCCCCAGCGAGGCCGCCGCCGGCGAGAAACGCCUCGACGUCCCGCGCAUAAGUAUGAUCGUGAGCUAG